GCCUUCGUUGCUCUUCUUGCUUUGUCCAAGCAGAGUAAACCAUUCCAACCUCGACAUCGUCGUCAUCGGGUUAUCUUGACUGUCUGCAAACCCAGCUGGCGCUUUGCAUAAGAAGCGCUGCGCCUAGUCUGUAUUUGCUUUCCCUUCCUGCUUGCCGCUUGUUGCCAAGAUUAUUGAGGCGAAGGGCUGCAGGUGAUCCACACCUCAACAUCAACGAGGUUCUAAAGAGAAGCAAGGCAUCAUGCUGUCAACCAGGAUGCUGCGCAACGCAGCUUUGCGUUCCGGCUUGCGUGCCGGCACCAGCACCAGCAGUAGCGCCGCCGUCACUGCGCGACGCGGCUACGCGACGGUCGCAGAGGACGUGUCGGACAUCGACCAGUCUGUGCUGUCCAGGAAAGUCGACAUGAGCAUCGUCGAGAAGGGCAAGGGCUUCUACAUCAACUACAAGCGCAUCGAGGACAACCUCAAGGUUGUUAGGCAACGGCUUAACCGUCCUCUGACCAUGUCCGAGAAGAUUGUCUACGGCCACUUGGACAACCCCCAAGAGCAGAUUAUCGAGCGCGGCAGUUCCUACCUCAAGCUUCGCCCUGACCGCGUUGCUUGCCAGGAUGCGACUGCGCAGAUGGCGCUGCUGCAGUUCAUGUCUGCCGGCCUGCCGACUGUCGCAGUCCCUACCACUGUCCACUGCGACCACUUGAUCGAGGCUCAGGUUGGCGGUGUUAAGGACUUGGCUCGCGCCAUCAAUAUCAACAAGGAAGUCUACGACUUCCUCGCCACCUGCACUGCUAAGUACGGCAUUGGCUUCUGGAAGCCGGGCUCGGGUAUCAUCCACCAGAUCUUGCUCGAGAACUACGCUUUCCCCGGUGGUCUGAUGAUCGGCACCGACUCGCACACCCCCAACGCCGGCGGUCUCAACAUGAUUGCAUGCGGUGUCGGUGGUGCCGACGCGGUUGACGUUAUGGCUAACAUUCCUUGGGAGCUCAAGUGCCCGAAGGUCAUCGGUGUCGAGCUUAAGGGUCAACUAUCUGGCUGGACCGCACCCAAGGACGUCAUCCUCAAGGUCGCCGGUGAGCUCACUGUCAAGGGUGGCACUGGUGCCAUCAUCGAGUACAAGGGUCCCGGUGUCAACUCGCUCUCCGCCACCGGCAUGGGCACAAUCUGUAACAUGGGUGCCGAGAUUGGUGCUACCACCUCUGUCUUCCCAUACAACGAGCGCAUGGAGGCCUACCUCAAGGCCACCAACCGGUCAGAGAUCGCCGAGCUUGCCAAGGGCUUCCAGAAGAACCUUCUCCCGGACAAGGAUGCAGAAUACGACAACCACAUCGAGAUCAACCUUUCUGAGCUCGAACCCCACAUCAACGGCCCCUUCACGCCGGACCUGGCCACGCCGCUCUCCAGGUUUGCCGAGGAGGUCAAGAAGAACAACUGGCCCUCGGAGCUCAAGGUUGCGCUGAUCGGUUCGUGCACCAACUCUUCGUACGAGGACAUGAGCCGAUCCGCCAGCAUCGCGCAGGAGGCCGCCGACCAUGGGCUAAAGGUCAAGUCGCAGUUCACCGUCACCCCCGGUUCGGAGCAGAUCCGCGCGACGAUUGCCCGCGAUGGACAGAUGAAAGUGCUGGAGGACGCCGGCGGCAUGGUCCUUGCAAACGCCUGCGGACCCUGCAUUGGUCAGUGGGACCGCCAGGACGUCAAGAAGGGAGAGAAGAACUCGAUCAUCACUUCGUACAACCGCAACUUCACCGGUCGUAACGACGCCAACCCGGCGACCCACGCUUUCGUCGCAUCCCCGGACCUGGUCACUGCCAUGGCGUUCGCCGGCGACCUGACCUUCAACCCGACGAAGGACACGCUCAAAGGUGCUGACGGUAAGGAGUUCAAGUUCUCCAACCCAUCGGGCAAGGAGCUUCCCCCUCGCGGCUACGACCCUGGCCAGGACACGUUCCAGGCUCCCCCUGAGGACCGCGCCUCGGUACAGGUCAAGAUCAACCCCGAGUCGGACCGCCUGCAGUUCCUCGCACCCUUCAAGCCAUGGGAUGGGAAGGACCCUAAGGGCUUGCCCGUGCUGAUCAAGGCCAAGGGCAAGUGCACUACCGACCACAUCUCGGCCGGUGGCCCCUGGCUCAAGUACAGAGGUCACCUUCAGAACAUCUCGAACAACUGCUACAUUGGCGCCAUCAACGCAGAGAACGGCAAGGCAAACGAGGUGUUCAACCAGCUGACCGGCAAGUGGGAUUCUGUCCCGGGUACCGCGCAGGCCUACCGUGACUCCGGCAAGGGCUGGGUCGUCAUUGGCGACUCGAACCUCGGCGAAGGCUCUUCCCGUGAGCACGCAGCGCUCGAGCCGCGCUACCUUGGCGGCACGGCGAUCAUCGUGCGCUCGUUUGCGCGUAUCCACGAGACCAACCUGAAGAAGCAAGGCAUGCUUGCGCUCACGUUCAAGAAUGAGGCCGACUACGACAAGCUGCGCCACGACGACGUCGUCGACCUGGAAGGCGUGACCAAGUUCGCGCCGGGCUCGGAGAUCACGCUGGUCGCGCAGCACAAGGACGGCUCAGAGGACCGCAUCCCGCUGACGCACUCGUACAACGAGGGCCAGAUCGAGUGGUUCAAGGCGGGCAGCGCGCUCAACCUGAUGGCGCAGAAGGCUAAGGCCAGGUCUGCCUGAGGGAGCGGCGAGCAGCGCACUUGCUCCCUCCAUUCCCCCAUACCGCCCCUUCCUCGACCCUGCUAACCGACUAUCUGUCCACUUCACGUGUAUUCCAUGUAAAAAGCAAGGAGACUUCACUCACAACAAGAUGUGUGCAUACA